UGUGGCGCAGGAGGAGGAGGAGGACGAGAGGUGCAACGGGAGGACAAGCUGCCUGAAAACCCGGAGCAAAACGCGAGAGACCACGAGAGAGGGAGGGAGAACAAAACGGAGAGAGACCACUGAGGGGAGAGAAGUCAUUUGGAGCAGCGAGAGGAGAAAGCUGGAUGAAACUGACAAGGACACGGAGGGAAGAGAGCGCACAGAGAAGCCCGUCCUGACGGAGCAGAGAAGCGGGGGAGUGCGUGCACAAAGUGGAAAAGAAGACAAAAAGGAGGAGGAAGAAGAGAGGGAGCCUGACAGGAGAUCUAGUUUACGGGGCUUGACUGACACAAAAGCAAGGAGGAGGAGCGUGAGGGCAAGUUGAUGGAUUUGAUUUGGUGAGUGUAUUUUUAGAAGGAGGACUGAAGACAAGAGAGAAAUAUUGAAACUAGAGAGGCUGUGAGUGGAGGAAAAAGAAAAGAGGAAAAACAGGAGACAAAGAAAGGAAGAGAGAUGUUGAGAUCAGAGUGUGACAGAACAGAUUAUCUCUGUUCUGGUUUCCCGCAGGAAACCACUGAGAGUGUAUGUCCGUGUGCGUGCAUCAGUGCCUCCUUCUCCAUGUGAAAGUGCAUUGGAGCGUGUCUCUGACUAUAGCUGUGGUGCUGAAAAGGAGGUCGGCCACAAGAUGAAGCCACCCUGUGAUUACCUGCAGGACCUUCUAACACUGUUUAAAGCCAAGUGGGAGGACAGACAAGAUGCAGAGUGGUGACAUCCCACGGAAGUCGAGGCAUCAGAAGUGAGACUGCAAAGUGGGAGAGAAGAGAAACGAACAGGGGAUACUUUUGUGAAGUGAGUUAAAGCCUCAUACUGAAGAGCGCAAAGGAACUGAUUGCUGCCCCCGGCUGCCGAGCAGCUCUGCAAGACAGUGAAGCCAAAGAACACACAUUUCACUCAAGAGAAGAAAAACCACGGCACAGGAACAAGGCAAGCCCUCUACUGCCAGACUGCACCCCACAAACCAGUUUCCUCCACUGUCAUCUCAUUAUUUUAAUUACCUCCCUCUCCUUCAUUUGUCGUUUUUUGUCCUCUGCUUAGCCCUUGGUAUUUUGUAUUCUACCCUCCUCGCUCCCUCUCUCUUCCCCCCCCUCCUCCUCUUGCCUUUGCUCCCUCUGUCUCAUCCUCUCGUGUUCACUGUCACACUAACUGCGGUGGAUGCUGGAGUCACUCAUGUAGAAGCUACCUUCCUUGGAGCACAUUUGCCAAGCUGACUUUUUUUCUCCUCUCACUGUUGAGUUGGAUGAUUGAAGCACUCUCACAUAAAAAGUCCAGGAGAGAUGACCAACAAGUCGCUUUUCAUCAGAGCUCCUGCACCACCAGAAGAAGAGGACUUCAAAACACACUGCUUUUGGUGAGGUAAUUUCCUAGUGGGCAUACGCUGGACUGUUUUUACAGUUAAGACCGCAUGGGUCAUUCAUUUUCAUAAGGCCAAACAGAUAUCCUGUUGUGGAUUACAGUAGUGGAUUUAUCCUGGAGCUACAUGUGGGCCCCAGCCCCUAAGGCCUGGCUGGGAAAUGAAGCCUUUCCCGCGGCUGUAGGAGCGCUGUGGGCAGCGAUGGCCCUGGAGGGGCGCUGUCUCCGGCGGGGAUCCCCGGCCAUGAUCAGAAAGGGCUGUCAGCCACAUCCUAAAAGGCCAACUCUGACCCAGGUCACUUCUACUCUGCUGUCAAGGACACGCCUGCAUGGCCUGAGGCACGUUUGUGUCCCUGGCUCAGUAGGCCGCAGGGCCUUCUGGCUGCUGGCCCUCUGCACCUCCCUGGGGCUGCUUUUAUCAUGGUCCUCCAACCGUCUACUUCACUGGCUUUCCUUCCCCACAUACACGCGGAUCCACGCCGAGUGGGCCAAAGAACUGGCCUUCCCCACGGUCACGAUCUGUAACAACAACCCUAUACGCCUCUACAAGCUCACCAAGAGCGACUUGUAUUUUGCCGGCCACUGGCUGGGCCUGCUGCUGGCUAACCGGACAGUGAGGCCCAUGGUUCUGGACUUGCUUCAGGAGGACCGUCGGGCCUGGUUCAGGAAGCUUUCGGACUUCAGGCUCUUUCUGCCACCCAGAAACUUUGAGGGAACCAACCUGGAGUUUAUGGACAGACUGAGCCACCAACUGGAUGACAUGCUUCUCUCGUGCAAAUACAGAGGAGAGCCUUGCGGAGCUCACAACUUCUCUUCUGUGUUCACUAGAUAUGGGAAGUGCUACGCGUUCAACGCUGCCGAGGAAGGGAAGACGCUCCGCACCACCAUGAAGGGAGGGACAGGAAACGGCCUGGAGAUCAUGCUGGACAUCCAGCAGGACGAGUAUCUGCCAGUGUGGGGGGAUACAGAGGAUACAGCCUUCGAGGCAGGUGUGCGGGUGCAGAUCCACAGUCAGGCUGAGCCCCCCUUUGUUCACGAGCUGGGCUUCGGCGUGGCCCCCGGAUUCCAGACUUUUGUCGCCACACAGGAGCAGAGGCUGACCUACCUGCCUCCCCCGUGGGGAGAGUGCGAGUCGAAGGCCCUGGAGUCAGGCUUUUUCCAGGUCUACAGUGUAACCGCCUGCAGGAUUGACUGUGAAACCCGCUACAUUGUGGAGAACUGCAACUGCAGGAUGGUGCACAUGCCCGGUAAUGCUCCAUACUGCACGCCUGAGCAGUACAAAGACUGUGCUGAGCCUGCCCUUGCUAAACUGUCGGCCGUGGAGAGCAGUAGCUGCAUGUGCAGGACGCCGUGCAACAUGACCCGCUACAACAAAGAGCUGUCCAUGGUCAAAAUCCCCAGCAAGACCUCGGCCCGCUACCUGCAGAAGAAGUUUAACAAGACGGAGAAGUACAUCACAGACAACAUCUUGGUGCUGGACGUGUUCUUUGAGGCUCUGAACUACGAGACCAUCGAGCAGAAGAAAGCCUAUGAGGUUGCAGGCUUGCUGGGUGACAUUGGAGGUCAGAUGGGUCUGUUCAUUGGAGCCAGCAUCCUCACCAUCCUAGAGCUGUUCGACUAUGCUUAUGAGGUGGUAAAGGAAAGAAUAAUGGAGCUACUGAGUCGGGAUGAGGAGGAGGAGAGUCAUGCGGAGGAUGUGAGUUCCUGUGACGCAGUGGCAAACCACUCCGAGUCCAUCAGCCACACUGUGACGGUCCCGCUGCAGACGACGCUGGGCACCCUGGAGGAGAUUGCCUGCUGAGGCCCUCCCCCUCCCCCCAAGAGCCACACACAUCCAGAGGCUGCCCCCACUGGGUGGCGCUGCAUCCUCGCUUAGGGCACUAUGCAGGGACCUAACAGGGGAGGGGAAGAGACAAAGACAAGAACAGGGGUUGGUCUGGGGACGCCGCUGUGCUCUGUCACACCAACAUGUCUGAGGCACUAAUGGGGAUUAAGGAGCUGUCGGCUGAACUUAUCAGCCCUCUCUGUCACCCUGUACUGGGCUGUAGUGGGAGGGUGGCCUCCACUAUGCCAGACCUGCAGUGGGGUCUGAGUCUCAACAUACAUGCACACAGAAAAUCACAGACUUGGUGGGGGACCUGCCCAAAAGAGGGCCCAUCCCUGUGCAGCAUAUCUAUGUAACACAUUCUUAUGUUGCUCAAUGCCAAAUGAACUAUACAAAGUUGGAUUGGAACUGUCCAAAAUGCAUGCGUUGAUCUACCUUGCUCUCUUUGCCGAUGCAUACGCUGGACUGCAGUGUUGCUUUACUGUACAUGUGUGCCAUUUGUCCCUCUGUCUGCAGGACAGGCUCGCGAAACGGGCCCUGGUCAGGCAUCAUCCUUUGAAUGUACAGAUUCUGAGAUUUGAUUUUGGUUGUUUAAAAUCAAAUCUCAGAGGCGACAGUGCCGUCUGAAAAUCGAUUUUGAGGAACACGUUUCUUACUCUGCCAUCUUGGGUUAGAAGGGACUUUUGAGGUCAGAGUGUAACUGAGGAAUAAAACACUAUCUUUAAUUACUGUAGAUUGAACCAGGGUUAGGGUUAUGGUUAGCCCUAACCCCAACCCCUAACCCUAACAUUAUUGCAGCCUGAAUUUUUGCCUCUUAUUUUUCCACCUGUUUGUUUCAGUUAAUCAGUUUACUGAUGGCAUGUUUGCUACAUGACUCAUUGGGUGUGAAGCUCUAAAGGUGCUCUACAGACACCUUUAAAGGAUGUCAUGCUUUCACUGUCAAUUUAUGUGAAUAAAUGACUUGUGGCUGCUGCUCCUCACCACAGCAGCCAGCUGACAGACCCUGUCCUGGCCUGGCAUUAGCAUGCGUCACCAGUGACCACUUGUGAACAGAUCCAAGUCGAACACCUCUCUAUAUGCAAAUAAACAUGUAUAUCAAUGCUCUAUAUGUUUCGCCAGUCAGACUAUGACAGACUGGUCUGAUGUCGUUGUAUGUGUGUGUGUUUCUUUCUGUGUGUGUAUGAGAGAAUGUGGUGUCUGUGUUGUGUUACAAAUUCAAAUUAAAAAAUCACUAUGUUUGGGGUCAAUGUAAAUGGCCACCAAUAAAUCAAUGUAUAGGAAACCUAGUCAGUUCAAUAGUUGGUCCUUCAAUGUGGCCCAGGACACAAUUGUGUUGACACUGCAAAAAGAAUGUGGUCAAAGGUGUCCCAGACCACUUCCGAAUGGGAUCUGAGUGAUUGGUUCUCAAACAUGUCCUCAAUUAAUCUAAGGUGGGUUCACACCUAUAACUUCGAGCUGUCCACUUGUGAUCAGUUCACCCGGUCCUGAGACGGACGUUAAUGCCAGGUCUGGACAGGGCACUGAAGUAGAAUCUGAAUUUAUUUGCUGGCCAGACAGACACUGUAGUAAAUUAAUUUAUGCAGGUUGUCAUAAACCCAUUAUUUUAUUAAGAGAAUGUCAGGGUGAUGUUUCAGACAGCUACUAUAAGUUUUAUCAAGGAUGGCAAAAAAAAUUCUCAGCCAAAAAUAACAACCUCCCUAGGCUUCAUAAUUAAUAAAAAAUAUAAAUAAAAAAGCACUACGAGGAGGGUUCAGCCAGGAAAACUUGUUUUGUUUAUUUUAUUUUAAGAUACGGGAUCUGCUGUGUAGCGGUGUAAAUAUCUGUGUUUUUUCUCUCUCAUGAAAGCAGGUACCACGCAGACAUACCUGAAUUCCAAUUUUAAAGAACGUUGGUAAAACAUCAUCUCCUGGGCUGGAAGUGACGACUCAUCUGUCACAUGUUGUCAUACUGUUACUCAAUCUGCGACUCUCAGUGGGGGGGGGGAUGUUGUGUAACGGGCCGUAGCAUUAUGGGGUAUAGUUGAAUGUCAUGCUAAAAUUGAAGUACACACUGCUUAGAGCACCAGGCAUAUUUUUCAAUGCAGGUCCAGCUCACCCUUCAGUGUCCUCAGAAACAACAGUUACAUAUAUAUAUACUGUAUGGCUUUACACCAAAAGCUAGUGUGAGACCAUUUUGGACGAUUAAGUGUUAUCUGAGUUUUCUGUUUCUAGUCCAUGAUCAUCCUCGCAUGGUCUCUGUCAUCUUGGUAAUGUAAUUGCAGGUAGGAAUGAAUUCAAGUGCUUUGUGAGACUGUUUGGAUCAUGAUUUCCCAUCUGUGGCUCAACCUGCUGUCUCUGUGUAUUAUCUCAUGUUGUGGCUUCAGACAAACAGGAUCCUCAGCCAACCUGCAGAGGUGUGAGACAAGCGCGUCUCCUUUCUCUCGGCGGCAGCAACUCUGGCUGUUUCUUCCCUCUACUUUGGCUUCAAUUGUUAUCGCAGAACAGCAUUUUCUCAUUGUGUGAUGCAGCAUUCAGUGUGUGUUUUUAAUGUGAAACAAUUAAAUGGAAAAAGUUGUUUUGCAGUGGUGGCAGUCCUGUCGUGGUGAGACGGAGCGGGGCACAUUUACUUCUCUGAAACAUCUCAACAAAAAGGGAAUUCAAAAUGCUUUAUAUGAUAUGUAUGAUAUAUAAAAACAU